AUGACUUUCAUUAAGUAUAAAUAUGAUCUUGAUAUUCCAGGCACAACAACCUUGGUUGAUAGUAAUCAUGUGCUUACUUCUUCCGCAGAAACAAAGGACGAUAUUGUUUAUGUGCCACAACCUUCAGAUAGCCCUGAUGACCCUCUUAACUGGUCAAUGCGGUGGAAAAUGCUCAACUAUGCCAUUUUGAUAUUUUUUGUCUUAGUGGCAGCUGCUGCAUCAGGCUGGACAGGUGUCGUAUACGGGCAAUUCACUGCCGAGUUUGGGGUAUCCCUUAACCAACUCAAUACUGGCUCGGGCUUACAGUUUCUCUUUUUGGCUUUUGGGUGCUGGUUCACCCAAUUGAUGGCAAGCAUCUUCGGAAGGAGACCUACUUACCUAUUUUUCUCGUUGAUCGUCCUUUUAGGUUCAGUUGUAUUUGCUGCUCAAAAGACUUACAAAGGAUAUUUGGCUUUCAAUAUUUUAAAUGGAUUUGGAGUUGGUCCUAUGGAUACUUUGAUUCAAGCAUCGUUGUCGGACAUUUUCUUUUUGCAUCAGCACGGAAGAUUGAUGGCAAUUUACACCAUGGCUAUGGGUACUGGUUCAAAUUGGGGACCAAUCCUUGCCGGUUAUAUGGCCACAAAUUCAUGGACAUGGGCCAACUACAGCGUUAUCAUCCUUAUGGGAAUAAUUUUUCUUCUCCAACUAUUUUUUUUACAAGAGUCUUACUUCGAUCGUCUGUCAAUUAAUUCAGUUCUGGACUAUGAUUCAUCCACCAAUAAUUCCAAAAAAGAACAUACCAAAGUAGUGGUGGAACAUGUGAUGGUCCUGGGAAAUACCUCUUUGUUACUGAAAAUGAAAUUUAUGAAGCCUGUGUACCAACGGAACACUCUUCUUAACGUGGGUAUUACUCCAUUCCUUACUCUUAGAUAUCCUGCGGUUGCAUGGGUUUCUGUGGGCUAUGGAAUUCAGAUGUGUUGGCUUUCACUUUUAUCAUUGACUGCUUGGCAAUUCUUUGGUGUUCCCCCUUACCUGUUCUCUACUGCUGCUUUGGGUAAUAUUAACUAUGCUGGAAUUAUCGGUUCUGUGGUCGGCCCAAUCUACGUCAGUCUCAGUGAUAAAUAUUGCAUCUGGAGGUCCAAGAGGAACAAUGGUAUCACUGAACCUGAGUACCGUCUCGAUUUGAUCUGGAUCCCUCUUAUUUUAAAUACGCUCGGAUUGUUGAUGUACGGUUUGGGGCCAGCAUACCAGCUAUCAUGGGUGGUUGGGGUUGUGGGUCUCGGGCUUAUCAACUUUGGAAUGUCAGCGAUUACCGCAUGUAUGUUAACUUACGUCAUAGAGUGUUAUCCAGAAGAAGUCCCACAAACAAUGCUGACAUUGCUUUUCAUUAGGAACAUCAUUGGGGCUAUAUUCAAUUGGGUGUUUCAAGAUUGGCUUGACGCCAUGGGAAUCAAGAAGUUUACAGCAUUAAUGGCUGUCUUCUGUGUCGUGUUCAACGGCUUUGGAAUUGUCUUCGUGAUUUGGGGUAAAGCGUUUAGAAAGUACACCGCAAAAUGGAGCACGAGGCUGUUGCCUAUCUCUACCGUUACAGUUCCUCCUAUUGCUUAA